GCGACAGGCGACGCCUCAGCCCCAGCCCCAGCCCCUGCUCGAAGACUGUCCCUGCCCGCCCGCGUUGGUCUCCGCCGUGUUCACCUGUGUACUUCUUUCACAUUUGAAGAUGGUGAAGCUGGAUAUUCACACUUUGGCUCAUCACCUUAAGCAGGAACGACUCUAUGUGAAUUCGGAGAAACAGCUGAUCCAGAGGCUAAAUGCAGAUGUGCUUAAGACUGCUGAAAAGUUGUACCGAACAGCAUGGAUUGCCAAGCAGCAGAGAAUUAACUUGGACAGGCUUAUCAUAACAAGUGCUGAAGCUUCUCCUGCUGAAUGUUGCCAACAUGCCAAGAUCUUGGAAGAUACACAGUUUGUUGAUGGAUAUAAGCAGCUGGGAUUUCAAGAGACUUAUUAUGGAGAAUUCUUAAAUAGGUUAAGGGAAAACCCUCGACUCAUUGCCUCCUCUUUGGUUGCUGGAGAAAAACUGAACCAGGAUAACACUCAGAGUGUUAUCCACACAGUUUUUACCUCUCUCUAUGGCAACUGUAUCAUGCAAGAAGAUGAGAGCUACCUUCUUCAGGUUUUGCGAUAUCUGAUUGAAUUUGAACUCAAAGAAAGUGACAACCCUAGGCGUCUUUUGAGGAGAGGAACUUGUGCAUUCAGCAUUUUAUUCAAGCUAUUUUCUGAAGGACUCUUUUCUGCCAAACUGUUCCUCACAGCAACAUUACAUGAGCCAAUCAUGCAGUUGCUGGUUGAAGAUGAAGACCAUCUGGAAACAGAUCCAAAUAAGUUGAUUGAGAGGUUCUCUCCAUCCCAGCAGGAAAAGCUUUUUGGAGAGAGAGGUUCAGAUAGGUUCAGACAAAAGGUCCAAGAGAUGGUGGACUUGAAUGAAUCCAAACUAGUGGCUUUGGUGAACAAAUUUAUUGGCUAUCUCAAGCAGAAUACAUACUGCUUUCCCCAUAGUUUGCGGUGGAUUGUAUCACAAAUGUAUAAGACACUUUCCUGUGUAGAUCGGCUUGAUGUAGGGGAAGUGAGGGCAAUGUGUACUGAUCUCCUCUUGGCCUGCUUCAUUUGCCCUGCAAUUGUCAACCCAGAACAGUAUGGAAUUAUUUCUGAUGCUCCCAUAAAUGAGGUGGCAAGAUUUAAUUUGAUGCAGGUUGGCCGCCUUUUACAGCAGCUAGCAAUGACUGGCUCUGAGGAUGGAGAUCCUCGAGCAAAGAGCAGCCUUGGUAAAUUUGACAAAAGUUGUGUUGCUGCUUUCCUUGAUGUUGUAAUUGGUGGCCGGGCAGUAGAGACUCCCCCAAUGUCUUCAGUUAACCUUCUAGAAGGGUUGAGUAGAACUGUGGUGUAUAUGACCUACAGCCAGCUCAUCACUCUGGUUGGUUUUAUGAAAAAUGUCAUGUUGGGUGACCAACUGAGAGAAGAUCGAAUGGCUCUUGAAAACUUGUUGGCAAACCUACCCCAGGCCAAGCCAGGAAAAAGUAACAGUUUGGAAAUGACUUCGUAUAAUACUCCUCAGUUGUCUCCUGCAGCUACUCCAGCUAAUAAAAAAAAUCGCUUACCCUUAGCAACUCGGAGCAGAAGUCGUACCAAUAUGCUAAUUGACCAGCACCCAGACCAUGAUGGAUUAUCCCAAGAGACGAUUCAGGAAGUGCAGCCAGAAGAAGUGUUGGUCAUUUCUUUGGGGACAGGCCCCCAGCUUACUCCAGGCAUGAUGUCAGAAAAUGAGGUCUUAAACAUGCAGCUUUCAGAUGGAGGACAAGGAGAUGUCCCUGUUGAUGAAACCAAACUCCACGGUAAACCUGAUAAAACCUUGCGCUUUUCCCUCUGCAGUGAUAAUCUGGAAGGAAUAUCUGAAGGUCCUUCAAAUCGUUCUAAUUCGGUAUCUUCUCUGGACCUGGAAGGAGAGUCUGUAUCAGAACUUGGAGCAGGGCCUUCUGGGAGUAAUGGAGUUGAAGCUCUACAGCUUUUGGAACAUGAACAAGCUACGACACAGGAUAACCUUGAUGAUAAACUGCGGAAAUUUGAAAUUCGUGAUAUGAUGGGGCUAACCGAUGAUCGGGAUAUUUCAGAAACAGUGAGUGAGACCUGGAGCACAGAUGUCUUGGGCAGUGAUUUUGAUCCCAACAUUGAUGAAGAUCGAUUACAGGAGAUUGCAGGUGCGGCAGCAGAGAACAUGUUAGGCAGUUUGCUGUGUCUGCCAGGUUCAGGGUCAGUGCUUCUUGACCCCUGCACUGGUUCUACCAUAUCAGAAACAACCAGCGAAGCUUGGAGUGUAGAGGUAUUACCAAGUGACUCAGAAGCCCCAGACCUCAAACAGGAAGAGAGAUUACAAGAGCUGGAGAGCUGUUCUGGACUGGGCAGCACAUCUGAUGAUACAGAUGUCCGGGAAGUCAGUUCCCGCCCCAGCACUCCAGGCCUCAGUGUUGUCUCAGGCAUCAGUGCAACCUCUGAGGAUAUUCCUAAUAAGAUUGAGGACCUUAGAUCUGAAUGUAGUUCUGACUUUGGUGGCAAAGAUUCAGUCACCAGUCCAGAUAUGGAUGAAGUUGUCCAUGGAGCCCACCAGCUGACUUCUCCUCCCUCUCAAUCAGAGUCUUUGCUUGCAAUGUUUGACCCAUUGGCUUCACAUGAAGGAGCUUCUGCUGUAGUAAGACCAAAAGUUCACUAUGCUAGACCAUCACACCCACCACCAGAUCCUCCAAUCCUGGAAGGAGCUAUGGGAGGGAAUGAAGCCAGGCUACCAGGAUUUGGCUCUCAUGUGUUGAUUCCAACGGAUGCAGAAGCAUUCAAGCAGAGACAUUCCUAUCCUGAGCGAUUAGUCCGCAGCAGGAGUUCUGAUAUUGUAUCUUCGGCCCGGAGACCCAUGAGUGAUCCUAGUUGGAAUCGGCGUCCUGGGAAUGAAGAGAGAGAACUGCUUCCUUCAACUGCCAUUGGAUCUCCUUUAGUGGCUGCACCUCCAUCAUCAUCUUCAUCUCCUAGUAAAGAUUCCUUGAGAGGAGAGACUGAAGAACGAAAAGAUAGUGAUGAUGAGAAGUCAGACAGAAACAAACCUUGGUGGAGAAAACGUUUUGUUUCAGCUAUGCCUAAAGCUCCUAUACCAUUUAGAAAGAAAGAAAAACAAGAAAAAGACAAAGAUGAUCUGGGUCCUGACAGAUUCUCAGCACUUACAGAUGAUCCUGCCCCCAGACUCAGUGCACAGGCCCAGGCUGCUGAGGAUAUCUUGGAUAAAUAUAGGAAUGCCAUUAAACGAACUAGUCCUGGUGAAGGAGCUGUGGGGAACUAUGAAGGUGCAGAAGUUAUGGGAGAUGGUGAAAGUGUACAUGACUCUCCUCGUGAUGAAGCCCUGCAGAAUAUCUCCGCUGAUGAUCUCCCGGACUCAGCCAGCCAGGCGGCUCCCCCACAGGACUCCCCUUUCUCUUAUAGGGAUGCCAAAAAGAAACUGAGGCUUGCACUUUGCUCAGCAGAUUCUGUUGCUUUCCCAGUGCUCACUCAUUCGACGAGGAAUGGUCUGCCCGACCAUACAGAUCCGGAAGACAAUGAGAUUGUAUGCUUCUUAAAAGUUCAGAUAGCUGAAGCAAUUAAUUUACAAGACAAGAACUUAAUGGCUCAACUUCAAGAAACAAUUCGCUGCGUGGGACGUUUUGAUAAUAGAACUUGUCGGAAACUGCUGGCAUCUAUUGCAGAGGACUACCGGAAAAGAGCCCCAUAUAUCGCUUACCUCACUCGUUGUCGCCAGGGGCUACAGACCACACAGGCCCAUCUGGAAAGGCUGUUGCAGAGGGUUUUGCGAGACAAAGAGGUGGCUAACCGGUACUUUACCACAGUUUGUGUGAGAUUAUUGCUGGAGAGCAAAGAGAAGAAGAUUCGGGAAUUCAUUCAAGACUUUCAGAAGCUCACAGCAGCUGAUGAUAAGACAGCUCAGGUAGAAGAUUUCCUGCAGUUUUUAUAUGGUGCCAUGGCUCAGGAUGUCAUCUGGCAGAAUGCUAGUGAGGAACAGCUCCAGGAUGCUCAGAUGGCAAUUGAGCGAAGUGUGAUGAACCGAAUUUUCAAGCUUGCCUUCUAUCCUAACCAAGAUGGAGACAUUCUCCGUGACCAGGUUCUUCAUGAGCAUAUCCAGAGAUUGUCCAAAGUAGUGACUGCAAAUCAUAAAGCACUUCAGAUACCUGAGGUGUAUCUUCGGGAGGCACCAUGGCCAUCUGCACAAUCUGAAAUCCGUACAAUAAGUGCUUAUAAGACCCCUAGGGACAAAGUGCAGUGCAUCCUGAGAAUGUGCUCCACAAUUAUGAACCUGCUGAGUCUGGCCAAUGAAGAUUCAGUCCCUGGAGCAGAUGAUUUUGUUCCUGUUCUGGUGUUUGUUUUGAUAAAGGCAAACCCACCCUGUUUACUGUCUACUGUUCAGUACAUCAGUAGCUUUUAUGCUAGCUGUUUGUCCGGAGAAGAAUCGUAUUGGUGGAUGCAAUUCACAGCAGCAGUUGAAUUCAUUAAAACCAUUGAUGACCGGAAGUGACCUACUCUGAAGCCUGCUAGUGCAGGCAGACUGUUUAGGGGAGCAGAAUCUUUUAAAUAAUACUCACCAGCUGCUUAGCAGGCUGAAGAUUGUCCUUGUAUAUUGUACAGAGUUCAGGCAUUUUCAACCAGAUCUUUACUAAACAGAUUAAUGAGUUAACUAGCAGGUUUUCUUUUCUUUUUUUUCCCCCCCGUUCCUAUUUCUGGGUUGCAUAUUUUAUUCUCCCCACUCUCAGUAGAGGCUAGAGCUGCAACAAGGGACCACAUUUUUCAGGUAUUUUGGAAUAUAAAAACCUCUUGGGAAAAUUCCUAGGUAAUCAUUCAUGGAUAGCCAUUCUUUCUUUUUCUAAAAAAAAAAAAAAAAAAAAA